AACAGGUUCUGUACCCUAAAACAUCCGUUAAGAUGGCAGGAUUGUUUAGGAUCUGGAUAUUUAUGGUUCUCCUCUUGGGAUUGAUAGAUCCAUCUCAGGCCUCUCUGCGUCCUCGCAUGUCAUUCUCUCAGGGAAGCUCAGAGCGUCUCUUGGGCAUCUACCACAGCUCUACUGUGAAGAACACCAACACUCUGCUGCUCAGCACUGAUGCUGACACACUGUUUGUUGGUGCUCAGGAUGCUCUGCUCUCUCUGGAUGUCAGUCAGUCUGAUAGUAUUACACUCAAAGACAAGUUGGAAUGGGCAGCAUCUCCACAAAAUAUGAAAACCUGUACAGUGGCCUCAAGGACG